AAACUUAAUUAAAUACCUUCCUCGGACUAAUCAGAAAGUUCCCCUCCUUCUCAGCUCUCUUUCUCUCUCUCCAUCUGGCGAUUUUUUUCAUAUCAAUCGGCUUCGUUUUUUAUUUUCUUGAAUUUUUAAAUUCGUAACUCCGUACUGAUCUCAUCUCUUCUUCGAAUAUUCUUCGUUCGAUUUGAAUAUUCUCCUCCGUUUCCCGGGAUUCUCAACGGUCUUACAGAUGGCUUCUCGAGCAACUCCUUCGCGAUCGGCGCCGUCAUAUACAGCUAGUAGUAGUAGUAGUAGUAGUUCGAGUGGUGUUAGCAGGACACGUGUGGGUAACUACGAGCUGGGUAGAACUUUGGGGGAAGGCACCUUCGCGAAAGUCAAGUUUGCUAGGAACGUUGUCAACGGACAGAACGUCGCCAUUAAGAUUAUCGAUAAAGAGAAAGUUAUGAGAAACAAGAUGGUCGCUCAGAUCAAGCGUGAGAUCUCGACGAUGAAGCUCAUCAAGCACCCCAAUGUGAUCCGUAUGCUUGAGGUGAUGGCUAGCAAAACUAAGAUCUACUUUGUUUUGGAGUUCGUUACUGGUGGAGAGCUUUUCGAUAAAAUUGCAAGCAAGGGGAGGUUGAAGGAAGAUGGUGCUAGGAAGUACUUCCAACAGCUUAUUAAUGCCGUCGACUAUUGCCAUAGCAGAGGAGUUUAUCAUAGAGACCUCAAGCCAGAGAAUUUGCUUUUGGAUGCAAAUGGGACUCUGAAAGUCUCUGAUUUUGGAUUGAGUGCUCUACCUCAGCAAGUCCGAGAGGAUGGUUUACUUCACACAACAUGUGGAACACCCAAUUAUGUUGCUCCAGAGAUAAUCAAUAACAAAGGUUACGAUGGAGCCAAAGCUGAUUUGUGGUCUUGUGGUGUCAUUCUCUUUGUCUUAAUGGCUGGAUAUUUGCCUUUCGAAGAUUCUAACUUGGCUUCCUUAUAUAAAAAGAUAUUCAAAGCCGAAUUUACCUGCCCUAACUGGUUCUCUGCAAGUGCCAAAAAGCUAAUCAAAAGAAUUCUGGAUCCCAAUCCAGCAACGAGGAUUACAUUUGCUGAAGUAAUUGAAAACGAGUGGUUUAAUAAAGGGUAUAAAGCACCCAAAUAUGAAAAUGCAAAUGUCAGCCUUGAUGAUGUUGAUGCCAUUUUUGAUGAAUCAGGGGAGUCCGAGAACCUUGUUGUGGAGAGGCGGGAGGAAGGACUUAGAACACCAGUAGCUAUGAAUGCUUUUGAGCUCAUCUCAAAAUCCAAAGGUCUCAAUCUCGGUUCACUUUUCGAAAAGCAAAUGGUACACCGCUUUCUUUUUCUUCGUUCUUCCAUGCUUUAACGAAGCAGCGACGGG